AGUGGCGGUAAAAAAAUGUCAUGUCCCAAUAACAUAGCAACUGGAAACUUCCUGAUGGAUUCCUUAAUGGGAGGAUCAUUAUCCUAUAGGGGCGACGGUUACUCCAGCGGGCCCGGGAUGUACAUUCACGCCGCCCCGGACUACAGCUACUCCGGUGGGAGAAACGUGACCAAGGUGGCGGCGUCUUCCCUCUCCAGGGCUGAUGGGCUUCCCGGCGGUGGCCUCCCGCUCGGUAGCUUCCACGAUGGGCCCUACCUGCCCGCGCAGCUGGCCGCAUGGAGCUCCAAGUCCGGAGGGGACUCACAACCUGUUGCCCCGUGUUUACAACCGUGCAACGUCAAAGAGGAGGCGUUUUGUGGCCGCUAUCCGGAUGACAGCAAUAAGAGCAAGGACACAACAGAGCCGGCCGUCUACAUCCGGCUGGGGGACAAUAGCUGCGGGUCCCAGCCCAGCAGCUCCUUCCAGGUGUACGACGCCGAGAGGACACAUCAGCCGGACGACCAGCAGCCCCCCUCCGGAUUCUCCCUCACCCCCUUAGCCGCGGCAGAGCCGGGUUUGAGCCAGCAGUCCGUCCGGGAAGUUGGCAAGGCGGAGGAUGACAGUCAGGACAGGAAGCAGAAGGCCAAAAAUGACAGCUGCUCAAAUGACUCGGAUACGGAAUUAAAAGAUCCUUCCACGGGGAAGACCACCGGAAACUGGCUAAAAGCCAAGAAUGGAAGGAAGAAGAGGUGUCCCUACACCAAGCACCAGACGCUGGAGCUGGAGAAGGAGUUCUUGUUCAACAUGUAUCUGUCCCGCGAGCGCCGCCUGGAGAUCAGCAGGAGUAUCAACCUGACCGACAGACAGGUCAAGAUCUGGUUCCAGAACAGACGCAUGAAGCUCAAAAAGCUGAGCAGGGAGAGUCGCCAUAGGGAGCAUGGCGCUGUCUAUCACUACAUCUAGAAACAUCAUCACACACACACACACACACACGCACACGCAUGCACACACCCACACGCGCACACUACAUACACGUACACACCAUUCAUAAACUUCACCUUAACACACACAC